AUGAAAAGUUUUUGCUUUCUAGCGGCCUUGGCUACGAGCACCAAUGCCCUCGCCCUGUUUCCACGCGCUGAAGUGCCCUGCUGUUUCAAUCUCAACGUCUCCGGAGAAGUCAUCGGUCCCCUUGGCCAACUGACUGAUGGCCAGAGUCGUGUUGGCGAUAACAGUCUCAGUCAAUCUCUGUUCUGUAUCAAUUCUACUGGAGUCAUUACCGACAGUACUGGAAAAGGCUGUAUCAUUACUCCGGAGACUACUCAGUUCCAGUGUGAUGAAGGUAAAUCAGGAACUCCAGGCUUCACCAUCUCGCCCGCUAGUCAAUUGCAGUUCCAUGGCAGCGAAUACUUCAUUGCUUGCGAGACUGGCCAGAAUGGUGGCAAGAACAUCUACACUACCAACAGCACUUCCGUCACAAAGUGCAAGUCUGUCAUCUUAACUGCCGACUCUUGCAUCAACGCUGGCAGUCCCCCUAUCGUUGGCACCUCCCCGGCACCUGCUGUACCAGUAGCCCCCGCUCCUGGCCACACUUCUGUGACUUCCGGUGCUACUGGAACUGCUCCGGCUCCUACUGGCGCACCAGCAGCUACUGGCGCGCCGGCCUCUAGCCUUAGCACUCAUACCUCUGCUGCAACAGUUAUUCCUGUACCUGUCGCUCCUGCACCAGGCCAGUCCUCUGCUACUUCUGCGGGUAUUGCGUCUCCCGCUGCGAGCUCCCAAACAAGCGCGGCCACUACCGCUCAUCCAACGACGCCCUGCCCCUCAUGCCAGUCAGCUACAUCCAGCGCUACGCAAGGCACAGGCACGGCGAGCCCUGGUCCAUCGUGCCAAUCGGCUUCUUCCAGCAGUAAUCACACUUGUCCAUCAUGUAGUGCGUCAGGCACAAAUGUGACAACUACGGCUUCUGGUCCUUUCAGCAGUGUGACUGGCUUUGCCAAUGUUACCAACAUAUCGAGUGCGCCGGUGACAUCUCUUUCCACCAGUAUCCAUCCCUCGAGCAGCGUCCAUGCCAAUUCGACUUCGACCACAGCGACUGCUACCUCGACGAGCGCGACUGGCUGCCCUACUGAUCUCUCUGGAGAGUUUCAAUUCCCCCAUCUAAUCGUCCGAAUCGACUCCGCUAAGCCCGAUACCCCCCACGGCACUGGACUCAAUGGAACUGUCAAUUCGACCGUUGCGACUACCUUCAACUUUGAUAUUCCACAGUCGUUCUCGGGCAAGACUUGCAACCUGGUCUUCCUGUUCCCUAGGAAGGAAGAACUCCAGACUACCUCGUUUAGCUUCAGCGGUGAUGGCAAGGUUGCCUUUGGCAAGCUUUCGUCAACAGUCACCACUUCGACCACUGAGAACAACGUUCCUUCCGUCUCGCAGGGCUUGGGAACUAGUGCUAUCUCUCCUGGUCAUUCAUUCUUGAUUUCGACCUUCUCGUGCCCGGCUGGACAGGCGAUAGCCUUUGAGAUGAAGAGUGCGGGAAGUACCGACUUUGAAUUCUUUGAAGAUUGGAACCCAUCUCCACUGGGUCUAUUCGUGACUGCGUGUUGA